AAUUCAAUCUUUGUUUUUGUGCUGGGUCGAUCAAUUUAAUCAGAUCGUUCAAAAUAUCAUAAUUAAUGUGUUAUUUAUUGAAUCAAAAUCACAGAAUCAACCAGCAAACUAGGUUAAAUCGAUGUUUCCCACUUGGAAAUUCUGAUGUGGAAAAAAGUUUAGGGAUUCAUACGUAUAUAAUCUCAGAUUGAAAAGUAGCACCCCCCAGAAAAAAAAUUUGUGAGGAAAUGGAUCCAAAUCCUGAUGCAAUUAAGGAGGAUUUGAACCGGUUUAGGUAUUCUGUCAGUGAAAAUUUCAACAAAGUUCAAAAGCUUGAAGAACAAGUUGCUGAGGUUGAAAAGUUCUACCUUUCGACUAAAGCUCAAGUUAAUAGUGUCAAAGACAAAGGCCGGGAGAAGCUUGUUAUUGGCAGUAGAAGGUCACAGCAAGGUGCAUCAAGUAAGGAACCUAAUUCUUCAAACGCAAUGCAAGAGGUUAUACAACAGUUUUCCACAAUAUUGCAUCAGAUAGCCGAGCAUAAAUGGGCUUGGCCCUUCUUGGAGCCUGUAGAUGUUGAAGGUCUUGGGUUGCAUGACUAUCAUGAGAUUAUUGCGAAGCCUAUGGAUUUCAGUACGAUAAAAAAGAAAAUGGAUGCCAAGGAUGGUUCUGGUUAUAAGAACGUGCGUGAGAUAUAUUCUGAUGUCAGGUUGAUUUUUAAGAAUGCAAUGAAAUACAACAACGAAAAACAUGAUAUCCACAUUAUGGCAAAGUCAUUGCUUGAAAAAUUUGAAAAGAAAUGGCUGCAGCUGUUGCCUGAAGUUGCUCAUGCGGAAAGUGAACAAUUAAAGGAAGAAGCACAUAUGCAGUUGGAAAAGCAGCUUGCUCAAGAAGCUACUUAUGCCAAUAUGGCAAAGGAUAUAAGCCUUUCGCUAUGCGAGGUUGAGGUGCACUUAAAGAAUCUCAAAGAAAUGGUCAUUGAAAAGUGCAGGAAAAUAUCGAUUCGUGAGAAACUGGAACUUGUUAAGUCUUUCAGCAGACUGAAUUUUGAAAAUCUCAACAAGGCAUUGCAGAUAAUUUCUGAGAAUGACCCAACCUUCAAACCUAAUGAUCUAGAAGUGAACCUUGACCUUGAUAAUCAGACCGACUACACAGUAUGGAAACUAAACGUUUUUGUCAAAAAAGCACUGGAAGAACAGGGAAAAAAUGCUGCUGAGGAGCUAAAUGUUAAUCACAAUGGUAACUUUGAGGACAAGAAAAACACCAACAAAAGGAGGAAAUUGUGAUUCUUUUGCCGAAGAGAUCAAUAUAGAAUAAAUGAAAAGCUUUCGACUUUGUGAUUCACUUUUGCAGUACACAAGGCAUUAUCUUAGUUUUGAUUAAGCGGGAUGCUCAAUAAACUUGUACUGUUCAACAUGCUUACCAUGUCACAUACAGUGAUUACGAUCUUUUAGUUAAACAACUUUCGAGAUA